GUGCGCUCGGGGGUGGCCUCUGCGCCGCAAGGCUAGGCGGGGCCGGGUGUCCCAGCGCACUAGGCGGCGGCGGCGGCUGUGCAGUCUGCAGCAUGUCGUACCCGGGACACCCAGGAGCGGGUGGCGGGUACUACCCAGGCGGGUACGGAGGGGCGCCCGGAGGGCCGGCGUUUCCAGGACAAACCCAGGACCCGCUGUAUGGUUACUUCGCCGCAGUAGCCGGACAGGAUGGGCAAAUCGAUGCCGAUGAAUUACAGCGAUGUCUGACCCAGUCAGGCAUUGCCGGAGGGUACAAACCUUUUAAUCUGGAGACUUGUCGCCUUAUGGUUUCAAUGCUGGAUAGGGAUAUGUCUGGCACUAUGGGAUUCAAUGAAUUUAAAGAACUCUGGGCUGUACUGAAUGGCUGGAGACAACACUUCAUCAGUUUUGAUAGUGACCGGAGUGGAACUGUGGAUCCUCAAGAGUUGCAGAAAGCCCUGACGACAAUGGGAUUUAGGUUGAGUCCCCAAGCUGUGAAUUCAAUUGCAAAACGAUACAGCACCAAUGGGAAGAUCACCUUCGAUGACUACAUCGCCUGCUGCGUCAAACUGAGGGCUCUCACAGAUAGCUUUCGAAGACGGGAUACUGCUCAGCAAGGUGUUGUGAAUUUUCCAUAUGAUGAUUUCAUUCAGUGUGUCAUGAGCGUUUAAAUCAAGAGGAAACUGUGUGAACAUAACCGACAUUCCAGCUGGAGUUCUCUUUUGCCGUUACUCUUUGCCUUCAGUAAUGUGUGUAAACAUACAUCACGACUUUCCCUUAACAGCUGUUGUUAAGAUUUAUUAUUUUAUAUAUAACUGAAGUUUGUUGCUGGUUUUGAUAAUAAAUCCUUUGGACCUUUCUAAUAUAAAGGAUCAAGUCUAUUGCACUGUUUGUAACUUCCUCGAGCAUUGAUCAGCCAUGCCUUAUUUUCUUGCUAAGCCUCUUUUAUAUGAAUUUUAAUAUACAAAAUAUUUAAGGGACAUUAUGAGAUACUGAAAGUUGUGGAUACUAAAACUUUGUGAGAUACUUAACAUUUUCCAAGAUACUAAAAACUUUUUAUCCUGCUUAUCGCUAUCCAUCUUCCUUCUCCUAGAGAGACUUUAAUAUAGUGAACAUUGUGUGUGUGGAGAAUUAAGUAAAUGACUUAAACCUGCAUGGAUACCAAAAACUAUGUCAGAGUUCACCUUGAUAGAAAUUUAGUAGGAGUUUCAAGACUUCAAUAGACAUUUUGAAGGCCUUGUGAAUAAACAAGGAACAUGAGUGGUGGUUUUCUGUUACUUUAAAAUCUAUUGAAUAAGUAGAGUGGCAAAUACAAUCUGUCACCAACUCCUUCUUUGUCAUCAUGCAUUUAAACCUGUGGUAAUUGGAUUUAAAAAUUUUGUACUUUAUAAGUUUAACAAUGUAAAAAGAAAACUGAUAGGAAAAUGCCAAGGAACUAUAUGAAAAUAUUAACUAUGGUUAUUUUUGGCUAAUGAGAUUCCAGGUGACUUUAAUUUCCUCACAUAUCUCAUUGUUUUCCAAAUUUUCGAUAACGUGUAUGCCGUCCUUUUAAAGUUACAUGUUCAUUUUGAGAAUACUGAUGCAUCCAUUUUUGAUGUGCUUUAUGUUCAUGCUUUACAAAAUAUGUACGAGCAGAAGAACUGGGGAGACUAAACCAAAAUGUUGAGCUGGCUACCAGGAGUCAGGAUUGUGAGUUCAUUUUCUCCCUGUCCACUGCUUCCCCAGAUACUCUUUAAUAAGCAGGUAUUACACGGAUAAUGGAAGAAAUCAUUUUAAGACCUGUUUUCUAACCAUGGGCUUUCAAGUAAGAUCUGGAUGCUAGUGCUGACUGUGCCUCUUACUCUGUGUUUGGGCAUUUUAGACAACCUGCAGAGUCUGUUUCUCCAUCUUUGAAAAGGAAUGAUAAUAAUUCUUGGGGUGGUUCUGUAUAUAAGAAAAAGUGUGCUGGUAUAAAAAACCUCAGAAAUAUUUCUGAUUCUUCUAUGUAAAACUGGCUUUUGUUUUUUAUUUUUUGAGAUUUUCUUGCAAGAGAGCAUGAUACAAAAUGAAAUUAGUCUAUUACUUGCCAGCAGAGUAAUCGGUCUUAUUUUAGAGCACAAUGUGAUAAUUAACACUCUAGUCAGUUGUCAACCAGUGAAAAUAACAAAAAAUUUUCUAAGCACCUUUAGCCUUGUUUCACUGAUAUAAUUACCUUUUCAAAUAUUGCUUUUAUACACACACACACACACACACAUAUACAUAUAUUCAUUAAUAAAUACUGAAUCCUGACUUAUAACUGUGUAUUUAUGUCAGGUAGCUGUGUUCAAAUUACAUGUCAGAAUGUGAAGUGGCUUGCUGUAGUUACAGGCUAGGUUUCA